AAGACGCUUGAGGAGCUAAGGGCCUGCGCAAGACCUUGACCUUGACCCUGGUGUUCUCCCUGGGAGUCUGGGUUACAUGGUAACGGCCCCCUACCCUGCCCCCAGGAUCCCGACGGGCUGUGGGUGGAGGGGGCAAGGCGUGGCAAUCGCUCUGCGGACUGCAGGGCGGCCUGGUCUCAGUCCACGCCACAGUCCAGAUGGGGAGCAGCGGAGGAUUAAAAUGGACCCUUAGAGAAAGUUGAUGGACACCAGGGUGCGGCCUUCACGGGGGACUGAUGACUUAAAGGGCCCGGGAGACGGGUCCGAGCCCUUGGGGGUGCCGGUGCGAGGGGUUCUGCGGGCCUCGCUGGCCUAGCAGGCCCGAGAGUGGACCCUUGACUGCUCAGCCCGUGACGCGGGCCGGAGGAGUUUUCCUGGAGGGCGGGGAAGGCCAGUCCACCUAGGCGGCCCCAUCGCCGAGUUCCGACGAGGCCGCGGAAGGAAAACUACCACUCCCAGAAGCCCCCGCGCCCUGGCGACGCCAGCUGUUGCCAUGGUUUCGGGAAACAAUAUGGCCGUUUCCAGCUAGGACGCGGCUCCGGGCAUCAGCGCCGGGCGCCGCUCUGCGCGGGGGGCGGGGGCCGAGGAGGAAGCUCGAGAGGGGUCGUGCGGCGGAGGCUGGACCCUGCGCGGCGGGAACGGCCUGUGGGGGCGUUCAUGGCGGGCAGCGUGGACGAAGAGGCGCUGCACCAGCUGUACCUGUGGGUCGACAACAUCCCCCUAUCCCGGCCCAAGCGGAAUCUCUGCCGGGACUUCAGUGACGGAGUCCUGGUUGCAGAGGUGAUCAAGUAUUACUUCCCCAAGAUGGUGGAGAUGCACAAUUAUGUACCUGCCAAUUCCCUUCAGCAGAAGCUCAGCAACUGGGGGCACCUGAACAGGAAGGUGCUGAACAAACUCAACUUCUCGGUCCCAGAUGACGUGAUGCGCAAGAUUGCGCAGUGCGCCCCUGGCGUGGUGGAGCUGGUGCUCAUCCCCCUGAGGCAGCGCCUGGAAGAGCGGCAGAGGCGCAGAAAGCUGGGUGCUGGCUCUUUACAGGAGCUGGCCGCUCCCCAGGAUGGCACUGGCUACAUGGAUGUGGGUUUCCCCCAGAAGGCCCCAGGGGAAGGUGCCCAGGAUCCCAAGGGAGGGGCGCCGCUCAGAGGGAGCCGGCAGCCGCCCCCCCGACCUCCAGGCUAUAGCCAGGCUCUGCAGGGCGACCCAAGCUUCGUUCUCCAGAUCGCAGAAAAGGAGCAGGAGUUGUUGGCCUCGCAGGAGACCGUGCAGGUCUUGCAGAUGAAGGUCAGGCGCUUGGAGCACCUGCUCCAGCUCAAGAAUGUGCGCAUUGAUGACCUCUCGCGGCGGCUCCAGCAGGCAGAGCGGAAGCAGCGGUGAGCGGCCAGUGGCAGCGCCAGGGAGUACCCGCCAGAACCCAGAGGCUGCGACCAGCUCCACCUAUGCACCCACCUAGUGACAGAAGGAACGGGCGGGCGGAGCCAGCGCCUCCAAUGAGCCUGGGAGUGAGGCCCCUCCCUCCUUUGGGGUGGAUGUGGGAGCUGGGCAGGGGGGUGGGGCAGAAUCCAUCUGAGUGGAGACCCCAGACUGAGCCACCUCCUUCCACUCCAUCCGGGUCAGGAGAAUGGACCACUUUCCAGAACCCAGAAGCCACAUGCAGAGACCUGGCCUGCCCCCCAAAGCGGUGUCCCACCCCAGCAGCUCUGCCUUGGUGCUCCCUGUGGUGGACCUUGAGAAGGGUGUCCUGAGAUCAGAUCCUGCCCCUAGUCCCAGGUCCCUUGGCAGCGCUGGGGACGGUGCUAGCUCCACUCAAGAGAGAGCUGCACAGUCUGCGCCCCAGGCGGCCAAGGAGCCUCUUUGUCCCUCCUGGGCACUCACCUGGGACCCUGCUCAAGGCUGGAAAGUGCAGCAGCUAGAGGGGAAAGGGUGAGGAGGGGCUCGCCAGGGGUUGGGGAGACUCUUGCAGUGCCUGUUCCAGCCGCCCGCCCCUUCUGCCCUGUACUGCUGAGGCUACUUGGGGGACAUGGGUCUGGCCCAUUAAAGUUGUGCUCUUUCUCACUCCUGCCUUCUCUGUCUGGAUCUGGAGGGCAGUUAGAUCCUGAGUAAAAGCAGGUCCCACUUUGUGGGUAGCUGGGCCGUAGGUGGCCACUGCUAGGUCGGUUGAGAACAGCAGGAGUCAGACCUUGUACACUAGCACAGCCUGACUUCUGACCUCAGACUGCCCAUAAACCCCCACUCACAGUGUCUUUGAACCCAGUGCAAACUCAGCUUG